AUGUCUAAUGAAAAACACAAAUUAUUCAGGUGCUACCUGUGUAAAGCGGUUUUAUAUAAACCAACCACUUUAUCCUGUGGACAUACAUUUUGCCAUAAGUGCCUUCAGAAUGAUGAGACACGGGCAUGUAGGCUGUGUGGUGUAACUGACUACAUCUUUGACCGCAAAAGCUGUCCACCAACCACACUGCUUCUCAAUCUGGUUGACAAAGUUUUCCCCAAGCACUGUCUGGCUGAACGUUUGCGACAGGAUGGCAAAAGAUGUAUGCAGAAAGGGGAGCAUCUGCAGGCCAUUGAAUUAUUUACACAGGCUUUAGUAGAAGCUCCAUCAUCUCACCUUGUCCUGAGUAACCGCAGUUUAGCAUAUUCUUGUCUGGAACGGUAUCAUUUGGCUUUGAAAGAUGCCGAAAGAGUUAUUGAAAUGCAACCGACAUGGCCUAAGGGUUAUUAUCGGAAAGGUUGCAUUCUAAGCGAAAUGCAUAACUAUGAAGCAGCUGUUACUGCUUUAUUGGACUGCUUAAAUAUCAACCCGUAUUGGUCAAAACCCAAGGAGAUGCUUUUGAUGGCUCUUCACCAACUGUUGUCAGAAGAUGUCAAGCGAGAACAAGAACUAUGCAGCACUUCAGUUUCACACUUACUCAGCAAGAGAAGCCAAAUGUCUUGCAUGCCAAGAAAUGAGUAUGUACCAAGCAGUGGAGAAAGCAGUGACGGUGACAGACAGAUGUCUGCUUCCUGGUACCAAUUUCCUAAAUUGUUCAACAGCAAGAAAACUGACUGUGAACCAGAAAAACAAUGUCCUGCAGAAGCGGCAGCAUUAGGGGCAGCUGCAGCAUCAGCAUCCUUUGAAGAGGUGUCCGAAAAGUCAACAAGUGAUUGUGAUAAACUUGAAGAGGAAGAAUGCUGUGUUCAAUCCCGUAAAAAGAAAAGUCAUUCUCUUCCAACUGAAUUUAAUGGCAAAACUUUGAUGGAGUCGAUGACUGUUCGUGCUGCAUCUGAUAUGUCAUUGUUACAACCUUUAUACAAAAUGCAACAACUAUCAGAACCAAUAUUAAAAACUCCUAGUCCCUCUUCAUCAGAAAAGAGUCACUCUAAAGAAUUGUUGCUAUGUGAUGCAAGCUGCUGUAUCCCCCUAACUCCACUGCUGAAACAAGAAGAUCUUCAGUGUAGCCUGUGUCUUUAUCUUUUGUAUCAACCACUAGUGACACCUUGUGGACAUGCCUUCUGCCAAGAAUGCUUGGUACGCUCCCUUGACCACAAUCCACAAUGUCCUCUCUGUAAACAGUCACUAACAACAUAUUUGGCUGCACAUAAAUGGGCUGUAUCUCAAUGCCUGCAGAAUAUCAUCCAGAGUUUUUUUCCUAAAGAAUUAGAAAGAAGAAAGAAAAUCCAUGAAGAAGAAAUGGCGAAAUUAGCUCAUUUGCAAGAUAAUAGUGAAAUUCCUGUGUUUGUAUGCACUUUUGCUUGCCCAACAAUUCGAUGUCCAUUACACAUUUUUGAACCGCGUUACCGUCUGAUGAUUCGGCGAUGCCUGGAAUGUGGAUCUAACCAGUUUGGAAUGGCAACUCCAACACAAACAGGAGUUUUUGCAGAGUUUGGCUGCAUGUUGAAUAUCAAGAAUGUGCAGUUGUUAGAUGAUGGACGAUCGCUGUUAGACACAGUUGGUGAUAGACGCUUCAAGGUAUUAGAAAGAUCAUCCAAAGAUGGUUACAACACAGCAAAGGUUUCUUUUUUAAAGGAUGAUCCAGUUGAAAGUAACGAACGUGCUGAUCUGAUAAAACUUGAACAAGAAGUUUACAUGUUGAGUAAACAAUGGUUGGAUUGCCUCCUUCCAGAAAGGCUGAAAAAAAUCACUGAACAUUAUGGUCCUCUGCCAAUUCCUGAAGAAGCAGAACUUGAUCAGCCCAAUGGUCCGUCCUGGGUCUGGUGGAUGAUUACCAUCCUACCAAUUGAUAAAAAGCUGCAGGUUACUGCCAUGUCGUUCACCAAACUUCAUCAAAGGCUCCAAUUCAUUAAGAGUGCCAUCCUUACAAUACAAAGCAAACUUUCCUCCUAA